UGACUAUUACCUGUCCGCAGGAGGGGACAGGGGGGGUCUGGUGUCAGGGCUACUGCUACCAUGUGUCACUUCCUACCCUGCCUGUGACUGCAGCACCAGGAAGCUACUGAUACUACUGUAGCCUCUUAUCACUGAGCUGCUGCUGCGGUGACAUGGCUCUAUUCUGAGGGAUGGUACGUUAACCCCGUAACUCCUACCAUGGCUGCCAAAGACGACCUGUACAGCAAGAUCAUCCCCAGGAAGAACAGGCAGCCCCGCACCGGGACCAUCAAGCAUGGAUCGUCCCUCGAAAUCCUACUCUCCAUGGGAUUCCCGAAAGCCAGGGCGCUGAAGGCUUUAGCGUCCACGGGAGGGAGAAGCGUCCAGGCCGCCUGUGAUUGGCUGUUCUCCCACGUAGAUGACCCCUUCUUGGACGACCCGUUGCCUCGGGAGUAUGUGCUGUACCUGCGACCGAUGGGCCCCCUUGCCCAAAAACUCUCCGACUUCUGGCAACAAUCCAAGCAGCUGUGCGGGAAGAACAAGGCGCACAACAUAUUCCCGCACAUCACCCUCUGCCAGUUCUUCAUGUGUGAAGAUAAGAACGUGGACGCGCUGUGCGAAGCUUUACAGACCAUCGUCUCCCGCUGGAAAUCCAAAUUCCCUAAUCCCCUUCCCCUGGAGCUCUACACCUCCUCCAAUUUCAUCGGCCUCUUUGUGAACGAGGACUGCGCCGAGGUUCUUAAGAAGUUUGCGGCAGAUUUUGCUGAAGAAGCUUUGGUAAAAACAGAUGUUCGGGUGGAGCCACACAAGAAGCAGUUACACGUGACGCUGGCGUAUCACUUCCAGGCCAAUCACCUGCCCACCCUUGAAAAACUGGCGCAGAAUAUCGACCUCAACCUGGGAUGUGAUUGGGUGGCGACGAUAUUUUCCCGAGACAUCCGAUAUAUCAAUCACGAGACGUUGCAGGUUUUGUACCCGUAUAUACCGCAGAAUGACGACGAGCUGGAGCUGGUGCCCGGAGAUUUCAUCUUUAUGUCCCCGGCAGAGCAGAGCAGCACCAGCGAGGGCUGGAUCUAUGGCUUCUCUCUGGCCACCGGAUGCUCCGGCCUCUUACCGGAGAACUACGUCAUGAAAGCCGAUGAAUGUGGCACCUGGGUAUUCCACGGGUCAUACUCCCUCCUUAAUACGAUGAGCGCCAUCUCGUUCCCUGUCAGUGAUGGAGUACUGGAUAGACGACAUGAUGACCACGGAAUGGUGGACACGGCGUCACUCACCAUUAUCUGCCCGCCCAUGCAGCCCCUGCGAAUUAACAGUCACCCGGGCCCCAAGAAACGGUGUUUGUUCGUGUGCCGACACGGUGAACGGAUGGACGUGGUGUUUGGGAAAUAUUGGCUGUCGCAGUGUUUCGAUGCUAAAGGCCGCUAUAUCCGGACAAACCUAAAUAUGCCGCUCAGUUUGCCGCAGAGGAGCGGGGGAUGUAGGGACUACGAGAAGGACGUGCCGAUCACUGUUUUUGGCUGCACGCAAGCAAAGCUUGUCGGAGAAGCUUUGCUGGAGAGUAACACUUCUGUAGAUUUUGUAUAUUGUUCCCCAUCGUUGCGCUGUGUCCAAACUGCACAAAACAUCCUGAAAGGGCUCAAACAAGAGAACAAGGGCAAAAUCCGGAUCGAGCCGGGUUUAUUCGAAUGGACCAAGUGGGUGUCCGGCACCACCCUCCCCGCCUGGCUCACCCCGGCCGAGCUGGCUACUGCGAAUCUCAGUGUUGAUACAACGUACAGACCUCACAUACCGAUCAGUAAACUGGUGGUGUCCGAGACGUACGAGACCUAUAUGAACCGCAGCUACCAAGUGACCAAGGACAUUCUGGCGGAAUGUAGGAGUACAGAUGUUCCUUCCUCCUCAGGUAAUAACAUCCUGAUUGUUGCCCACGCCUCAUCCCUGGAGGCCUGCACCCGACAGCUACAGGGCAUCACGCCGCAGAACUCCAAGGACUUUGUGCAGGUUGUCAGAAAGAUCCCGUACCUCGGAUUUUGCUGUUGCGAAGAACUGGGAGAAUCGGGCCUGUGGCAGCUGACGGAUCCCCCAAUACUUCCAUUAACUCACGGACCCACCGGGGGAUUUAACUGGAGAGAGACUUUACUCCAGGAAUGAGCGCGGGGGGAGGAGCGAGUUAUUUAUCAGACUGUAGAACAUGUUGCCUCUGGAUGCGAAUGCAGGCAAAGCGACAGGCGCAUCCUAAUAUACCAAUGUAUUCCAU